UCGCACCUCCAGUACCUGUUCAUCGAGAACAACGACAUCCAGGCACUCUCGAAGGCCACUUUCCGUGGGCUCAAGUCCCUGACCCACCAUUUCGUGGUGCACCAGGUCCUGCCCUUCCAGGCGGUGUCGGCUGAGCCCUUCACCUACGCCAGCGACCUGUACGUCGCCCUGGCACAGCCCGGCGCCAGCAGCUGCGCCGUCCUCAAAUGGGACUACGUGGAGCGCAAGCUGCGCGACUUCGACCGCAUCCCCGCUCACUCGGCAGUGCACUGCAAGCCCAUUGUGGCGCAGAACCAGCUGUACGUGGUGGUGGCCCAGCUCUUCGGCGGCUCCUACAUCUACCGCUGGGACACCGCCGUCGACAAAUUCAUCAAGAUCCAGGACAUCGACAGCCAGAAGACCCGCAAGCCCAACGACAUCGAGGCCUUCCAGAUCGAAGGCGACUGGUACUUCGUCAUCGCCGACAGCUCCAAGGCGGGCUCCACGAGCCUCUACAGCCUAAACCAGAACCGCUACAUCGGCGACUCCAAGGUGGUGCGGUGGGAAGGGCAGCGCUUCGUCGAGCUCCAGACGCUGCCGUCCCGCGGCUCCAUGGUGAUGCAGCCCUUCUCGGUGGAGCAGCGGCAGUACCUGGCCCUGGGCAGUGACUUCUCCUUCACCCACGUCUACCUCUGGGAAGAGGAGAAGCAGAAAUUCGUCAAGUUUCAGGAGCUGUCGGUGCAGGCGCCGCGG